AGUUAGGGUCCGAUGGCAAGGCGGAGCAGCUGAGCCUGACUGAGUGACUGUUGCUGUUGUUGUUGUUGGCGGUGCGGUGACUCAUCCCCGGGGGCCAUCGAUCUUGCUUAUUAUUUGCAUUGAUGGUGUGAAGCAACAUGUCGGAUAAACCUAUUCGUGUUGGCCAGCGGGUGGAGGUCAUCGGCAAAGACACCCAAGGGACUGUGGCCUUUGUGGGCACAACACAUUUCUCCCAGGGCAAGUGGAUAGGCGUCGUUCUGGAUGAGAGGAAGGGCAAGAAUAACGGUUCAGUGCAAGGGAAGACCUACUUUCAGUGUGAUGAAGGGUGUGGCAUCUUUGUACGGACAAGUCAGCUGAUAGUGGUGGGAGGUGGAGACGACCUUGAGGAAGAUGGAUCCAACACCCCAUCUGCCUCCUCUGCAGCAAGCACUCCGGCUACUGACAAGCCUCGCUCCAGCUACCAGCGGCCGGAGAGAAGGCCCUCCAGGUUUGGGGGUCAAUCAAGCCUGAAACGGAAGGUAGAGCCGACCAGGUUACCAAUGUUUGGUAAAUUGCCGCAGCCGAAACAGUACAGCUCUGAGCUUCCACGGACUCCUUCCCUCUCCAGUGUCACCUCCAGUCCCUCCUCUCUUUAUAAGACUCCAUCCCAAACCUCCCUUGGUAAAUCUGGAGGAUCCAGAACAGACCUGACUAAGGCUGAGUCUCUUGGCAAUGUUUACAAGGCCUCACCUAAACUUGAUCUAUCAAAAGUGUCCUCAAAGAUAGACUGUGGGGACAAGUCUUUACUAAAGAGGCCACCUUCAGUAUCCUCCAUUGAGUCAACUGAUAGCAGUACUUCCAGUCCAAGGCCAUCCAUCUCCAGGGCCACCCCAUUCCGUAAACCACUUGUUCCCACUUCCCUGAAGCCCUCCUCCACAACCACACCCUCCACUCCCUCCUCCUCCUACAGGAGUGAUCUACAGGCAAAGCUGCCUCUGGGAAAUCCAGGAAAGGCUGGCCAGCGAGAAGAUCGCACCCCAAGCAAAGAGUCAUCUCCACGCACCGACAUGAAAAAAGGGUCCUCGUUUGUGGAGGCCAGGCCAAGUCCUCGUUUUGGCCGAGAGUCGAGUGGAGGUGGCACAAAGGGCGGGUCACAGGCCAUCACUCACAGCCCCCGCAUUCCCUCCCUGGCUGUCGGGUCAGGGAAUAUUGGGGUGUCGCAGGUCGGGCGGGCAGCGGCCGAGGGCCAUGAGAUAGCCUGUCAGACCGAACAAACCAACUUCGUGGAGACCCUGACACCGCAGUACACGCCGGGUGCUCCUUCCAGUGCCAUGCAGACCCUGGAGGAUAAGGUGGCUGCCCUCCAGGCCCAGCAGGAGAUGGAAAACCUGAGAGGCGAGAUACAGGACCUCAAUGAAAAGCUGGAGACGCUCAGAGUGAAGCGUGCUCAGGAUAAGGAGAAGCUGAAAGAAGGAGAGAAAAUGAAAUUGCAAGUGGAGCAGCUUCUGGAGUUCAAGUCCCGUAUCAUGGAGGCUCAGGCUCAGUUACAGAGGGAGUUACAGAAAGCCAAGGCUGAAGCCCGUGAAGCUGUGGAGAACCGUGACCGCCACAUGGAUGAUACCCAGGAACUCGCUGAAAAUGUAGAGAUGCUCACACUAGACAAGGAGAUGGCUGAGGAGAAAGCUGAGACACUGCAGCUUGAGCUGGACCAGGCCAAGGAAAGGAUAGAGGAAUUGACGCUGGACUUGGAAAUCCUCAAGACAGAGAUGAGUGGGGUUGGAACUCCCACUGAUGGUGUGGCAAAUUCACUUCAAGUGCGGCAGUUGGAACAACAGAACAGUCGCCUUCGGGAAACAUUGGUCAAGAUGCGUGAUCUCUCAGCCCAUGAUAAGCAUGAGCUGCAGCGUGUCCAGAAGGAUCUUGAAACCAAAAAGGGAGAAUUGGCUGAUAUGGCACGGGCUAAAGACAAGCUGGCAGCACAGGUGGGCCAGCUAGAGCAGACCAUCUCAGACCUCCAGGAACAGGUGGAUGCAGCACUGGGAGCGGAAGAGAUGGUGGAAACCCUGACUGACCGUAACCUGAACCUGGAGGAGAAAGUGGCUGAGCUGCUAGAGACUGUGGCUGACCUGGAGGCAAUCAAUGACAUGAAUGACCAGCUUCAGGAGAAUGCUCGGGAGCUGGAGCUGGAGCUGCGGGAAGAGCUUGAUAUGGCCAAUAGCAAGAUCAGGGAGGUCAUGAGGGAGCGUGAGGCAUCUAAUGAGGUCAUUGUGGACCAGGAUGGAACAAUCAAGAAGUUCCGUGAGUUGGUCCAGAAGCAGCAGGAGCAGAAUAUGGAUCUCCGUCAUGCCCUGGAGAAGGAGACCAACAAGCCCAUUGGCACUCCCUCAGAGAUCAUUGAUUUCAAGAAAAUGUUUACGGAAACGAAGGCACACAGCAAGGCCAUUGACAUGGAACUGCGGAGGCUGGAGGUGGCCCAGGCCAACCAUCAUGUGGCUUACCUCACCCAGUACAUGCCAGACAACUUCAUGUCCCGCGGUGGUGACCACGAUGCUGUGCUGGUGCUGCUGCUUGUGGCCCGUAUGAUCUCCAAGGCCGAAAUUGUGAUUGGAGGAAUAAGAGACAAAUACCCAGUUCCAGAGAACAUUGACCGAUCUGCUGUCCUCAAGACCCAUGCCAUUGAUCAGUAUGCUUUCUCAGCCCGUCUCCUUCAGCUGCUUUACUCCAUGCAGGCACUGCUCCACCAGUACCAGUACGUGUUGGGAACCUGUAGUGUUGAGGUGUUCCUGCGGCUUGGCACACUCUAUCCUGAGAUGGCCUCUCAUGAGCGCAACCUGGACUUUUAUGUAGACUUGCUUAGGAAAGAUCAGCUGGAUGAGAAUGUGUCUCUGGAGUCUCUGGAAAAGACAGUCGGCUAUUUUUCUACUGUCUAUCCAUCCCACCUGCUGUCUGAGAAGAUGGACCAGACGACGUACCUCUGUGAUACUGCCCGUGUCCUCACCUCUGGUGCUGAUGCCGCCAACACCUGUGCCUCUGUUGUUCUUGCCCUGCUACAUCCGCAGCAUGAAGAUUGUGAGGUGGCUGUGAUGUGCCGGGAUAUAGUAGCUGCUGGGAAGGAGAUCAAUGCAGCAGUGAAAAGAAUAAGGCGACGCAUGCCUCAGGAUGGCUCUGUGGGACCUCUCAGCUAUCCGGAGGAUGUACAAGAAACGCUCACUUCCACCACUAAUUAUAUGAACAACGCUGCUCGGGCCUUGAGACACCUCACACGCAACCUGUUACAGCAAACAUCUCUGCUAGCAGAUUCUGAGGGUGGGGUCAGUGGAGAGAAGCUGAAGGAGUUGACUCACCAAGCAACAGACCUCAUCUAUGGUGGAGAGGACCUGGGCCCAGACUCUAUCAAGCUCUCCAUCCAGCGAACCCUCAGUGAACUCACCCGUAUCACGUCUGCACUUGAGAAGGGAGAGUAUGAUUUUGAUGGAACAGUGGAGGAGCGAACUGCUCCUCCAGUGACGCUGCGAGCCCAGGCCCUUAAGAAUGAGAUGAAAGACACAGAACAUCUUAAGUACAAGCUGGAGAGUCGUGAGCAAGACCUUAAGGAAUUGAAACUUGCUGUCAAAGCCAAGAAUGAGGAGCUUAGUGAAAUGACUGUGCGACGUGACCUGGCAGAAAAGAAGUUGUCUACUGCCACCCGGGAUGCUGACCUCACCAUUGAGAAACUGCAGAGGAAGUUGGAUGACACUUUGAUGAUGCUGCGCCGCAAGGAGAAGGAGUACGAUGAAACAAUGGAUCACCUCCAGAGUGACAUAGAGAGUCUGGAGACAGAGAAGGGAGAGCUGCGAGAGAAAUUGAAGGCACUGAACAAGAAGACACUUUAUGAUGCACUCUCCAAGUCUUCACCUCUCACAGGUGUGGUGUCUCCCUCCUCCCCUACAACACCCUCUGCUGGAGGAGUGCCACCCUCUGUUCCUGGUGGGGGGAUGGUACGUGACUCCCCAAUGCUGCUGCAGCAGAUCACUGACCUCAAAACUGCUCUGCAUCAUGCCACUGCCUCUGUGCACAACAACACAGCACAACGUAUGCACAGCCAGCUAGCCAGCCUCAGGCCAAUCAAGGUACAGAAACUCAGCACAAUGGUGGGUGAAGAGAAGCGUGAUCUGAGUAAAGAGGAUGUGGACAUGGAGGACAAGCGCUCUACAGAUCACAUCAAUCAGCUGAUGCGCCAAGCUACUGGCCUGCAAAAGGAAGUAAAUGCACUCAUGACUGGUGUAACAGUGGUGGACUUGAGUAAGCGUAAGCCAGCUUCCUUCCCUGCCACUGCCACUAGUGACCCGGCGCACCACAUCAUCUCUCACAACAACAAGCUCAACACUCUCCGCACCCGCAUUGCUUCACUGCAGGAUGAAAUUACUCGUGCCCUUGCCCUGAACACACCAGGAGGAAGUGUUAGUACUGCUUUCUCUGCUUUUCCAUCUCCUCAGCUCACCAAGGUGCUGGGUGAGCAGGAGCUGGUGCAGGUGGGGCGGGUGAGGGUGCCGGGAGAUGUGUCAAGCAAUCAAGAGCCUGUACAAGUUGUCCUUCAAAGAGACCACCUAAUGAACCUCCACCUUCGCCUCUUGAAGUAGAGAUUCUGCCCCUGUCUGAUCCCCAUGUGGUACUGUUGCAGCUUGCUUCCAUCAGUGUGUCUUAGGUUAAGUGAAAACUUGUGAUAUGGUAGAAUAAUGACUUGUACAUAGAAAGGAUUUAAAGCUGGGUUGAGGGACCAUCCAGAUCUGUUUCUUCCCCCUCCCCAGGGCUUUGGUUAGAAUCAUACACUCACAAGUUUGCAUAGAUAUCUUGUUUAUGUGUAACUCACAUAUCAUUGAGUGAGUGGGAUAAUCAUGAGUCAUGCUGCUUGUGAGACCAGGAAGUUUUCAGAUUUUUUUACUCUUUACUACAUGAUAUUUAUUUUUCACACUAACUACUGUAUUGGGUAGCUAAACGUGUGUGGGGUACUAAGUGAACAAAGAAUUUUUAAUAUAUUCAGGAAUAAUUGCAGAACUAAUUUCUGAAAAGUCUGUGUCAGUCAGCUAGUAGCCAGAUGCCAUAUAUUCCUAAAGGGUGGCUGUGCAAGUAUUCUGUGAAGCAGCAGUCUAUUGCCUCAGAAGAGAACAGCUGAGAAACAUUUGGAUGUCGUUGUUUCCCUCUGGUCAUCCACAGAAAGCCAGCUACCUCUUAAAAGCAAGUCAGUACUGCAUCUGUGAAAACCCAUCACCACUUUGUUAAUGUAAGAAAUUAAUAAGAGGGAGUGGGUUGCUAGCACAGCAUCACCUGUAGAUAAAGUAUAAGAGGAAAAAAAAGAAUACCAAAGAUGGCAUAUGAUAAGGUUGAGGAUGCAAACCCUCACUCCAUGACUUUUGAAUUAUUCUCAGAGAGAUCUUCAGAGGUUGGAAAAUCUUGUAAAGAUUAUACAUACACUUACGGUUAAUGAAGGGAACUGACUGGUAUUCCCCUUACUUCCCACCACAGCCAUUGCACUAAACUGUAAAAAAUAACUAUUUUCAUAAUUGCAUGUUAAAAAAAAUUCAAUGAUUUGAUACUCUUCAUAUCUACAGGUAUUUCAGAUCAAUAUAUUUCAGUCCAUAGUUAAUUUCUUUUCAUGCACUUCAUAUUCAUUGCUCGCUGGAGUAAUUUGAUUAUAUAACAGCAUGCAGAAAAAAAACUUACAUUUAUAGUGAAAAUGUAAUAUUUCUUGAGGACAGAUUGUGUAUUAGAAAAUGAUAUAGUCUUCAGUCAGAACAGUAAUUUAUAAAAUUUUAAAGCUUUUUUUACAAUGUCAUGUUGAAAUAUCCGGUAUAACCAUUGCAGCUGAGCUUUACUUGGUAUUAUUUUCAUGCAUUUCUGUAAGUUUUUGGAAGUUAUGUAACAUGAAGAUUGUCUGCAGAGAGCAGCAAGCUGUCCAUUGUAAUGAUUGUUCCUUGUCAGAUGUUAGCUAGAAGUUCUCUGCUUUCAGGUCUCAUGACUCCUUUCACCAUAAGACAUGGCUGAGCCUGUGGAUUGUCUCCUUGUAUAGCCAAAAAUGUAUUAUGCAAUAUGUAAAAUUUUAUAGUACAUAAUUAAUUAUACUGAUAAAAUUGAAAUAAUUUC